UAGUUGGACUUCAAGUCUACUUUAUGUCUUACAGAUUUUUAUUAAUUUCUUUUUUUGGGUUGUCAGGACCCUUUCUGCAUUAGAUACCAACAAUUAAUUCAGCUUCGUUUUUCUCUUCUGAGACUCACGGGAUAUGAUUCCAUCUAAUAUUUAAACCCCUCUUAUUCUGAUUUGACCAUCUAUCUAUAUCCCUAAAGAAAACAUUCAAUCUUUGCCUUCACUUUUGGUCUUCUACAACUCACUCUUCCCUUUUCUUUGUCCUAAACUCAUGUCUCUCCCUUCUUUUGCUACCACUUCUUUUUCAUUUCUAUUCACAUCUUUCUUUGUUUUCUUCAUCUUGUGUGGAAAUUCUUCAUCUUCCUUAGCAAUACAUGCCAACACUACACGCCCCCCUCGCCAGCUCUCAGUAAGUUACUAUGCCAAAUCAUGCCCUCAGGUAGAACAGCUUGUUGGCUCAGUCACCUCUCAACAAUUCAAAGAAUCACCUGUUUCUGGCCCUGCCACCAUUCGUCUCCUCUUCCAUGAUUGCUUUGUAGGAGGUUGUGAUGCAUCAAUUUUAAUAGCAUCAAAGCCUGGGAGCAAGGAGUUGGCAGAGAAAGAUGCAGAGGAUAAUAGAGACUUGAAGGUGGAAGCUUUUGAGACUGUGAGAAAGGCUAAGGAACAAGUGGAGAGAAAGUGCCCUGGUGUGGUGUCAUGUGCGGACAUUCUUGUAAUUGCAGCCAGAGAUUAUGUUCACCUGGCAGGAGGGCCCUAUUACCAAGUGAAGAAGGGAAGAUGGGAUGGAAAGAUAUCAACGGCAUCAAGGGUGGCCUCCAACAUCCCUCAUGCAAACUCCACCGUUGAUCAACUCAUCAAACUCUUCACCUCAAAGGGUCUAACCACACAAGACCUAGUAGCCCUAUCAGGGGCCCACACAAUAGGGUUUGCCCACUGCAAGAACUUCGUGGCCCGCCUCUACAGUUACCGAGGCAAGGCUCAACCGGACCCAAACAUGGACCCAAAACUAUUACAUGUACUUAGAAUGUAUUGUCCAAACUUUGGUGGAAACUCUGACAUUGUUGCCCCUUUUGAUGCCACUACCCCAUUCCUAUUUGACCAUGCCUAUUAUGGUAACUUGCAAAAGAAGUUGGGCUUGUUGGCAUCUGACCAGACCUUGGCUUUGGACCCACGAACCAAGCCCAUUGUUGAGGAUCUUGCAAAGGACAAGCAGAAGUUUUUUAAAGCUUUUGUGGGGGCUAUGGACAAAUUGAGUUUGGUGAAAGUGGUGAGAGGGAAAAGGCAUGGGGAGAAAAGAAGAGAUUGUAGCAUGCAUAUGUGAGAAGUGAGAUGCAAUUUUUACACAAUUCUUGCAUUUAUAACUGAUACGAGACUUCAAUGGAACUUUUAUUGAUUUUGAUAUGGCCUCUGGUCCUAUUUAUAAGAAACAAGUUGUGAUAUAAAAUAUAUUACAACUUGUUUGUUAUAAAUAGAACAGAAGUUAGUACUGUUUUGUGCAUUUAUAAAUGCAAUAGUUCUUUAGAUAUUAUUUGUUAA